AUGACAGACUCAGCCGCAACCACUCCCGACGACGAGAAACAGGAAGCGACGGAGGAGAGGAAGAACAAUCGCGCUUGCGACUUCUGCCACAGAAUGAAGAUGAAGUGUAUUGGCAAGGAGAACCCUCCGUGUAAUCGUUGCCGCCAGAGCCGGCACGAGUGUACCUUUGAUGGGCCGCGGAAGAGCAAGGCGAGCAAGGUGGAAGAUCGCCUCAAGGUGGUCGAGGAUCAGAUGACGGUCGUGCAACGCUCGCUCACUGAGCUCAUCUCGCUACAGAGAGCGGCGGUCAGAGCCGCUACUCAGCCGACCUAUGUUGUGCCGCCUCUCUUCACCUCGUCAGCUGGCGGAGGCACACCCUUCCCUGGACCUGCGCCGCUUCUCAGUCCCCCAGCGCCGGGCUACACGCCACCAGUCUCGACGUCGGCGCUGCCUCGCGUGCCGAGGCGUCAGAGUAGCAACGCGUCACAUUCGAGCAGCAUGCACGCCACUCAUCCCGGCACCACGGCGCACACCACCAGCACGCCGUCGUCUCUUACUCUCCACCACUAUCCAUCCCAUGGGGGGGCGCACCCAGGUCCCACCAAUCUGCAGCCGGUCCAACCCCAGCCGGCCCAUCCCGGUCCCCUGGGCCAGCCGUCAGGCAUGCCGCGGUGGCACACGACGCCGCCCAUCGAACGCGCUGAGCGCGCCUCGAACGAGCGUACACGUACCCCGUCACCGCCGCCCGACUCAGGUGCACCCAGCGACGACGAGGAUGAUCCCCUCGAACCCAGCGCCGUCAUCUACAACAACAUGCUCAGUCUGGCCGAGGCGGCGCGCCUCAAGGCCGACGGGCAAGACGGCGAGGAGGAGGCCCCGGCGAUACAGCCCCGGCCUCAGUUGUUCAACUACGAUCUCUCACCAGGCCCGCCGCGCAAGAAGGCGCGACUCGCGGACCCACAGCUGCGCCGCGCGUUGCCCACCCAGCGCGGGGACAACACGCAGUGGCACAACCCCGUGCAGAUGGGGUUCUGUAUCGACUCCAAGGGCCGCGCGCUCUUCAAUCUCUUCAUGCAGGCGCAGGUCUAUGUGCCAAUCUUUGACCCCGAAGUCGACACGUGGGAGAGUCUUUGUGAGCGCUCCCCGUUCGCCGUGACCGCCAUCGUUAUGGUCGGGUCCAAGAUUGAGGAUGCUGGUAGUCCACCAAGUGCACUCCAGACGCAGUGCCGAGAGCACGCAGAGAUGAUUGGCAUGCACACGCUCUUCACUCCGGUUGCGCGCAUCGAGGUUCUGCAGGCCAUGAUCGUCAUGGCGUCAUGGGGCGACACGUCUUGGCGUCCCGGCGGACACGCGCUUCGCAUAGCGAUGGACAUGGGUCUCUACCGUUGCCUGCCGUACCUGAGCCAGAUGGGCAUGGGUGCUGGCAAGAGUGCCGCUGAGCUCUCAGAAGAGCGGCCCCUCGUCGUCGGCGCCCGUCUAUGGCUCGCCUUGUACAAGUCCGAGUUUGAGAUGGCGUUCAACCUGGGCCGCCCGGCCCUGUUCGCAGCCGAGGACACGAUCACGCACGCCCGUCGUUUCCUCGAACACCCACUCGCGAUCCGUACCGACUCGCGACUCGUGGCAACAUGCCAGCUCCUGACCCAUCGUCUCCCGCUCCACCAACCAUUCAGCAUAUGGCCAGCGGCAACACGCAUCCCCGACCUGGACGAGCGCAUUGAGUCUGCCAAUGCUGCCUACGCAGCCUGGUUCAAAGAGUGGGAUGCCUACUACGAGGGCCGGGAGCCCAAGAGCUCGUUUCUCCGCGAGAGCCUCACCACGCAGUACUCGCACGCCCUGCUGCACACCAACAGCCGUAUCCUACACGGCGUGCGCAGUCGGCGCGACAUGACGCACCUGAGCGAGCACCGUGCCCAGUGGCUGCGACAGGCUCUUGCGUCUGCCCAGACGCUCGUGGAGAUGGCGCUCCGUGGCGAAGCCUAUGCCACAAACUUUGCAAAGGCCAACUACUACACGCAUAUCGGGGUUGCGUUCGCCGCCCGCAUGGUCAUCCGCCUCACGAGCCUCAUGCCCGACGCCGUCGACCUUCGACAGACGGGCCGCGACCUCGAGGCCGUGACGCAGAUUCUAGCGCGGGUACCGGGCUUCCAAUUCGCCCAGCAGAUCCGGGACAUUCUGCGGCGCGCACGGCGCAAGCAUGUGCUUCCGCCGGCGUCGCGCGGCUCGCCGACCAGCGGCAGCGUCCCGCUUCCCGACGUUUCUGGAUCGGGGUUGGAAACCACGCCUGAUGGGCUUCCGCUUGACUUUUUCCUCGCCGAGCAGCUGUUCGGAGACGCCGACGCCAUCGUCGCGCAGCCCGACGACACGCUCGCUCUCGACGCGUGGUUCCCCUACCCGCCGCUCGAGUAUAGUCCGGGAGCGAGCGGGUGGGCGUAG